GGCUUAAGAUGAACCGGGAACCUCAUGUACUGAUCUUACCGUUCCCUUCACAAGGCCACAUCAAGCCCUUGUUGAGUUUAGCAGCACUCCUAUGCCAAGCGGGCAUCCACGUCACCUUCCUCAACAUCGACAGCUACCACCGCCGCCUCACCCACCUACAAGCACUGUCUGCUCACUUCCCAACCCUCCACUUGGAGUCCAUCAACGAUGGCCUGCCAGCCGAUCACCCGCUCAGUCCUAUCAAUCGCGUUCCGGAGAUAGUCUCUUCCGUCAUGUCCGUGACGAAACCCCUCUUCCGCGAGUUGCUGGGCGACCUUAGCAGAAAGCCUGAGCGUCCGAUCACUUGUGUUAUAGCAGAUGGAAUUAUGUCUUUCGCAAUUGACUUUGCCAAGGAAUUGGGAAUUCGCGCAAUCUCAUUUCGGGGCUUCCCCGCUGCUUGCUUGUGGUCGUUUUUCUGUAUUCCCAAACUAAUUGAGGAAGGCCAUAUUCCAAUCCGCGGAGAAGACGAUAUGGAUCGGAUAGUUACAGGCAUACCUGGUAUGGAGGGCCUUUUGCGACGUCGAGAUCUACCCAGCAUUUUCAGGCAACCACUCGACGAUCCCAUAUAUAAAUUAAUGACGGAGGAUCCCCACGCCACUACUCAUGCUUCGGCACUUAUACUCAACACCUUUGAUGAUCUCGAAUCCCCGAUUCUCUCCCACCGCCUCGCCCCUCUCUUUUCCAAGAUUUACACAAUUGGACCUCUCGGUGCUCUUCUAAGAUCUCGUACGGGAGAUGACGUGUUGCGGUCUUUAUCAUCCUCUAGCAAUUUUUGGGAAGCCGACUGUAGCUGCAUGACGUGGCUGGACUCACAGCCGUUAGGAUCUGUUGUUUACGUCAGCUUUGGGACCUCGGUGAUCAUGACACGUGAUCAGCUUAUGGAGCUCUGGCACGGCCUGGUCAACUGUGGAAGGCCGUUUCUAUGGGUUAUACGGCGUGAUAGCGUUGCAGGUGCGGAAGGAGAUGAGCACAUGAUUCCGGUGGAGCUUCAAGAGGGCACCAAAGGGAGGUGUCUUUUGGUGGAUUGGGCCCCACAAGAAGAUGUCCUGGCCCACCCGUCCACUGGUGGGUUUCUGACCCACUGUGGCUGGAACGCCAUCCUGGAGAGCAUUGUUGCAGGGCUCCCUAUUCUUUGUUGGCCCCAAUAUGGGGACCAACUAAUUAAUGGCAGGUUUGUGAGCGAGGUGUGGAGGUUUGGACUUGAAAUGAAGGACACAUGUGAUCGAUCGACGGUUGAGAUGAUGAUAAAGGCACUGAUGGAAGAUAGAAGGGCAGAAAUCAUGGCGUCCAUGGAUCGGAUUGCGAAAUUGGCUCACGAUUGUGUUGACAAAUCUGGAUCUUCUUACACCAAUCUCGACAAGCUCAUUGAAGACAUAAGAGAAGUAUGAUUUAUGAGCCAAUUUAUAAGUUGCUUAAGUAUGAUGCUC